AUGGGUAAUAAUCAAUCUGGAACAAACAAUUGGAAUAUGGAUGAUUUAGCAUUUGGUACAGCAGCAAAUGUUAUAACAGCAGAGGAAAUUGUUACUGAAGUAAGUAGAAUACGUUCAAAAUAUUUUGGUGGUGACGCAGUUGAAAAUGAUCCAUCAAUGCAUCAAAUGCAAAAUGAUCUUUUAGCAUUUGAUGAAUCACUUAAAAGAUUAUUUUUUCGAAGAAAAAAAAGUAAACCAUCAUCAAACGAGGUACUCCAUGAAGAAUAUUAUUAUGAAGAUCAGCAACCGACACCAGCUAUGGAAACAUAUAAUUCAAUAAAUAAUCAACAUUAUUUGGAACCAACAUUUCUUGAUAAAAAUUUACCAUCAUCAUCAUCAAAAUCAAUAAGUGAUUCAGUUAAUGAUCAAGUCAAAAAUACUAAUACAAAUUCAUGGAGAUGUAGUAAUUGUACUGCAGAAAACAAAAUAACUGAUCAUGUAUGUCGACGAUGUAAAUUAGCAGAAACACAGUUAUAA